AUGAGCAGCAGGGGGAGCUACAGUCAGAAAAAGAAAAAGGAAGCAGUUCGUCGACUCAGCCAGCAGCAUUCCCGUCAUGCAUCUAGAGCAGGACCUUCUAGUGGACUCCAUGAUGCUGAAAGGAGGAAGAGUCUAGAGAAGAAACGAAGGUCAGAUGAAGAUCACAGUGAUCGGAUUAGAAAAAGAGAUCCUGGAAAGCGAUUUAUCAGUCCAAUGAACAACCCAGACCUGGCUCCAACUACUUCAGUUUCAGACACUUCAAAGGAUGGACUGUUUGGAAAUUCAAGCAGCAUUCCCUCCUCUGUGACAUCAGAUCUUGCCACAGAGGGAAACAUUGAAUCCAUGCCUGGAUCUUCUCUUUUUUCUCAAGCAUCAUCUUCUGGAACUUCCCUGUUUGGUCAAGACUCCUCCUCCUUUGGGAGUGCACCAUCUGGCUUGUUUGGUAAACCAAGUGUCUCCACAUCACCUGUGUUUGGAUCUCAGUCAAGCACAUUUGGAUCUUUUGGUACAGAACUAAAACCAUCCGUCUUUGGACAGGGUAUUGAUUCCGAUUCUUCCAUUGAGGAUGUAGGAAUCAAACAACCCUCCUUCCAGGUAGUAUUUGGUUCUGUUGGUGAUGAUGAAGCUGGUACUGGUAGAACUGUUGAGGCCCAAGAUGCUCCUUUAUCAAACCGACGUGUUCUCACCAGAGAUUCAGCUUCAAAGGAGACUACGAGAACCAGUGGUUCCUUUGGACAUAUAUCCCCUUUAAAGAAUGAAGGUGUCUUUCAGCAGUCUAGGAGAACCUCUCUCAAGAGAGACCUCUCACCUUCCAAACCAUCUUCGGUAUCUCAGCGUCCGCUUACUUCUCAUGAUGAUGUCUUUGGGUCGGACAUAUCAGAUAUGGAAAGCUUUGGAUCGGCGCCCUCAAAGCCGAAGAUUGAAAAGGAGAGCAUGCAGGGAAGGGCAUCAGUCAAGAGGAGUGGUCUGUUUGGCAGGGCCAUAGAGGAUGCUAGUGGACACAGGGAGACCAAGAAACAAAGAAAUCAAGAAACAUCACCAAAAGAUUCUUUGACAAAGAGGAAAGAGACUUCAGUGUUUGUGAGUAGCAGAGAAAUCAAACAUCUGAAUACCAUCAUUGUCAAAGAUGUACCAGAUGAGCUAAACAAUCGAAUUUACAUCAACAAUUUCUUCUCCAUGUUUGGAAAAGUAAAGAAAGUUCUUGUGAACCCUAGGAAGACAAUGGCCACAGUAUACUUUGAAGACCAUGAAUCAGCUGCGAAAGCAAAGCGUCGUGUCAAAACAUUGAAGGAUGGAACCAGACCAGUUGCAAUAUUUUGGACACAGAAAGAUAAAGGCAAAGAAAAGAGAAAGAGUGAUGAAAAUGUACCUCCGUCAACUAUUGAGAUAAAGAAAGAGACUGAGCCAGUACAGAAGAGAGAAAAGCCUCCUCCUCCUCAUUCAUCAGUCAUUGGAAGAAGCAUUAAAGGAUACCAUACUGCCUCUGAGAGAUAUGAAGCUUUGGAAGAAAGAGAUAAACAGAGCAGAAAAGGAUUGACCAAACAGAGUGACCUGGCUACAGCCAAGAAGAUGACCGGUACAUGUCCAGACAUGUGUUCAGAGAAAGAAAGAUACAUGAGAGAGGUUCAGAGAAGACUCAGUCCGUAUGAGAUAUUACAUGGGGAUAAGAUUGAGAAAGGAGAGAAUCCUCAUGUUUGCCAUGAGAGGGCGGUAAAGGAAUACAGCAGAUCAUCUGCAGACCAGGAAGAGCCAUUGCCCUCUGAGCUUCGACCUCCGGCUGUUCUUGACCUUACCAUGAAUUAUCUAAUGAGGGAGAUCAUGAAUAGAGAUCCAAGGAGCUGGGCUGACUGGUUUGAUUUCUUAUGGAACAGAACAAGGAGUAUCCGCAAGGAGAUUACACAACAGCAGCUGUGUGGGACUACAGCUGUUAGUCUAAUGGAGAAAUGUGCAAGGUUUCACAUUUACUGCUCAUAUCGACUGUGUGAAGAAGACCACAUGGCCUUUGAUCCCAAGAUCAACAACGAGAACUUGACGAAGUGCCUUCAGAGUUUGAAGCAGUUUUACCAUGAUCUAGCUGAUGAGGGUGUGUUUUGUCCUAACGAAGCAGAGUUCAGAGCUUAUGAAGUCUUGCUGAAUCUUACCGGUGGAGAUAUCUUAAGAAAACAGUAG